AAGCAAAAGGACAACCCAAACCCUAAUGCUUCUUCUAUGUUCCAUUUCAAUAUGGCUCACCUAAGACUACGUCCCCUUCCAUGGUCUCUUGUAUGGAUCAUGUUGCCGCUUCUCAAUGUUCUCAUCAUGCUUCCUCUUAUGACCUCUCAGCAAGACCCAACGGGGAACCCGGCAACAUCCUACUCUCCGCCUACCUCGUAUGGCACGGUAUGCAUAAGCGACUGCCCUACCUGUCCUCUCAUUUGCACGCCACCCCCUUCGUCACCUGAAGAGCCCUAUGUGUCCCCUCCGCUCUUGCUGCCGCCGCCAUCAUCACCGCCGGCAGGCCGGCACCACCACUCACCGCCGCCCCAGCCGUACUUCUCUCCUCCGCCACCAGGCCUCCCUACCCUUCCAACUCCGCCACCACCAUUCAAGUACUCCAAUACGCCACCUGAGUACGGGUAUGCCCCGCCAUCAAUGGGUGGCCUGCUCCUGCCACCCCCUCCACCGUUCAAGUACUCCAGCACGCCAUUCUCGAGCCCCGCACCGCCCAAUUCAAUUCCCCCCCACGACUACGCCUACCCUUACUACUAUUACUAUGCCUCAAAAGCGGCUACUGUUCAUCAUGGUCAUGUCUUUCCGCUUUUCAUUGUGUCAUUGAUGUUCUUGAGCAUGAUCUGGUAAAGGUUUUGGGACUGUAAUUGCUAAUUUGUUAGCUAAUUUUGAUUGUGAUAUAUGAUGAGUAGAUGAAGUGUUUUUAGUCCCUUAGGUUAACUCUGAUCUGUUUAUAAAUCUCAGCUUUGUUGGUUUCAUUUGCAGGUCUUAUGAUAAGUUUCUGCCGAGUCAA